AUGGCUUUCUGUGCGAUUUUUGAUGUCGUGAAGAAAGCUUCGGAGGAGCCUCUGCCUGAUAAUAAGCAUCAGAUAUUAUCUUUGGCAAAAACUGAUCAGGAAAAACAGGCGAAAAUGGGUGCUGAGGAUGUUUCUGAUCUCGAUGACUUGUGUCAUCCUUCAAGGAGUAAAUCAGAACGUUCGGCUUGGCUUCGCUAUUGUUAUAAAAAACCAACUGCUGCUGCAGGUGUACGCAGGUCAGCAAAUAGUGGCUGCCUCUUGAUAGAAGUAUCUAAAGCAAGACGUGCUGAAAUGGAGGGCGAAAAGGCCCGUGAGCGGCGAUUGAAACGGCACGCUACUCAGGGUGUCGUCGCUCUCUUUAAUGCUGUACGACAGCACAACUUUGUCUUGGAAAAGCAGCUGGACGGAACCAGCCCCCUUAUCUUCCAGAGAGAAAAGGUUGUUACGGGUUUUACUACAUCGGACUUCCUUGAUCGCCUUUCUGCUGGCCUUCCAGGCGCAAAGGCGAAGACAGCAAAAGAGGUCUCUGCCGUAAUGAACUUAGGCCGAUGGUGUUUUAGUUUUGAGCGCUCGAAUCUGUCAGUUACGGAUUUCACCUUGUCUUGGUUCGACGACGGAGGGUAUGCCCCAAAACUGGGUGUUAAUCCCUCUAAUCAAGAAACAAAGCAGCUAAUUUCAGAGGGGGAUGUGUGCCCUAUCACUGUAACGGACAUGCCGGAAUCUACCGACACCUUAACAAUUGUGAAGGCUUGUGUGCGCUACGACAUCAUGGAGCAGAUAUCCUCCAUUAUGUCGGACUUGGUCGCCAUUGACUUGAAGUAUUCAAAAUUGGCUCAAAUCGACACAACACAGGCUAAAGAGCAAGCGCAGCUAUCAACACAAGAUCCCGUUCAAAUUAAAAGUGGUAAUAAAGAAACGGCACUGGAAAGUCUGCACGCCUACACGAUAUCUGAGCUACAUAGUCAAUUAAACUCCCUGAGGGGUUACAUUCGGGACCUCGACUCCAAGUUCUCUGAAGUAGCGAAGUGCGUGCAGGAGCGCCUAGAAAGGUUAGAGCAUUCCAAAAAUGAGCUCUCUUGUGAAGUUGAACGCUUAAGAAGGUUUUAUUAG